AUGUAAAUGACAUCAGGAAGGGAAAUUCCUCAAAGAGAGCACGCUUUUAUCUGAAGUUGCCUCCGUUUUCGUCCAAGGCAUGAAUAAAUCUUAUAGUCAGUCCGUUGGCAGAGAUGAACGAGGAACCGCAUGCCCACGAAAAGCUUGUGGCCAAAGCAAGGCGCCCAGGGCUUCAGGAUUCUGGGUCAGGCAGCACAAACAGUUUAGACACCGUGGAAGGAAGCCUGGCCUCCUUCGCGCCAGCCAUUAAAGCAAAUAUUGAAUCUUCUGGUGAUCCACCCACGCCGAUUUCACAGCCAUUGGGAAUCUAUCUUCUCGAGCCUUUGAUUCUGAUCCUGCUUUUUGCCUAUAACUUCUCGUCAACUGUUCUUAAAAAUGAAAUCAUUUAUCAAAGCUGCACGGCUGGUUUUCGUUAUCCGGAUAGUGUGUGUUUGUUAUUGGGCACCAAGAAUCCCACAAAUGAGACAAAGAAAAUUGAGGAGCAAGUGCAGCCAUAUGCUGCUCGGGUCACUCUGGUAAUGCGAAUGGUGGAGUGUAUUAUUCCAGCCUUUUGUGGCCUUUUUGCUGGAGCCUGGGCGGAUCUAUAUGGACGGAAGCCACUGCUCAUGUGCUCCUUCCUAGGUUAUGGCAUUCAGUACUUAAUUUCCGCUGUUAUAGCUUACAUGGCUAUACAAUACCAUGGGUUAGUGAGUCCUUGGUGGUAUGUCCUUUCGAUUGUGCCCCUUUCCUUCUUGGGAAGCAGUGUCACCUACUCUGUGGCAGCAGUUUGCUUUAUUGGCGAUGUCUCCGAGGGCAGAGUACGUUCCUACAGGAUGAUUGCUUAUGAACUGGCCAUCUACGUAGGCUUGCUUCUCGGUAGUUUUUCGUCAGGAUAUGUCUAUGAAGCCACCAAUGCCUAUAUGGUUUUCAGCAUUUCCGCGGCUUCCAUUUUUGUGGCCCUUUUUCUUAUGAUUGCACUUCUGCCAGAGAGCCUACCCACGGAAAAUCGCACCUCUACCACUUCAUCUACUCAAGGAGGACUAGUUUCCUUACUGAAGGAUUUGUGGAGCACCUGCCAGAAGCCAAGGGAGCACAAUAACCGAUCUAUUGUUCUAAUUAUAAUGGUGGUUCUGCUACUGACAGCCUUUGUUUCAGAUGGCAGUAAUUCGGUUUUCUACAUGUUUAUGAGGGCCAAGUUCCAUUGGUCCGUGAAGCAGUUUACGGAAUACGAGUCCGUCAGCAUUUUAGUGCCAGCUGUGGCUGGAUCCGGCGGAGUGAUCUUCAUCUGGUCUUUGAGAAAGUGCACCAAAUCAACGAUACUUUGGCUGGCCUUACUCUCCAUUCUCAGCCACGCGACCAGCAGCCUGAUGAAAGCCUUCGCCCUGGUCAGUUGGCAGAUCUAUGUGGCCAUUGGUCUGGGCUUGUUCAAGUCCCUGGUGAAUCCCAUGUGUCGCACAAUGAUCACCAAUCUGCUGCCAGCCGAUGAGCGGGGUAAAAUCUUUGCCCUGCUUGGCGUUUUGCAAACACUUUCCCCACUCAUAUCGUCUAGUCUCUAUUAUGGCAUCUAUACCCGCACCCUGGACAGUGAUCCGGGGAUUUUUAAUAUUGUGAGCGCCAGUCUGUUUGGUCUAGAAAUAAUUUUGUUGUGCAUUGUCUGGCAUAAAAAGUCGAAAAAUCAAGUGUACUAUGAGCCGGUUUUUAAGUGAUCAGCCAUUCCAUUUUCUACCAGAAUGGAAGACCCCCAAAAUCAGCCAGUCAUUGCCAACUUUCGCAUAUCAAUUACACAGAUGGUACCGUGCCGGGAACUCCCUCGCCUCGCCGUCCACUGAAAGCUAAAGCCACUCAUCCAUACCUCACUUCUAAUUUGCAUACUCGUUCUCUGGCGCCCUAAGAAAUAGAAAAAAUAUAUACAUAUUUUUGGAUCAGCGAAUUGGAAAGCCCUCUCAUCUGGAGCUUAAUUACUAAAAUCGAAAUAUUUUCCCAUUAACAAGAAUAUGGGCCAAUAUUGCUGACAAAGCCGAGGCGUGUGCGCAGUCACUUGACAAAUCUUGCGGAAUAUCUAUAAAAACAUUAAGGAUGUGCAUGCGUCUGUGUAUCACCAAUGAUUGGUGCUAACUCCAGAUUUAAACAAAUGCUAAUUUCACUUGCUAAUUUUGAAUUAGCCGCCAGGUUUUUUACACCCUUGGCUGGAAGCUUGACGGGGCGCCUUUUAAACAAAAAAUGAAUCUCAAUUUACGCACAAAUUUAAUGCCCCAACAGAGCAGAACGAAACCUUUGGAAUUUAACUCGGAUUCUAUCAGACCCCUGUUGCAUGAAUUGUCAUUUGACCAAUUAAAACUAAUAUAAAAUAAUUUUCAAAUGAUUAAAAAAAGUUAACACAAAAAAAUAUGAUAAUCUUUAUUAUGUAAUGUUGAAUUAAAAAUCUAAGAUUUUUUGAUUCUGUUAGUGAAGUUGUAAACAUUAAUUCUUACAUACUUUAUAUGGAAAUAUUUGUAGUUUAUUGAAGUAUGUACAUAUAUGUAUGUAUGUCUGAUUUUUUUGGGGGCCUAAUAUAUACGUGCUAUCUGAACCUUUUUUCAUUUUCCCCAUGGGUCUGGCUCGUGCUACUCAUUUGCACGAUCCAAAAAUAAGCCAUUCUCCGAGUUUGUGGCAAAAGAAAACAAAUAAACACCAGACUUUGAGCUAUAGUUUGUUGAGUUGAAAGUAUUGUAAUGGAAAAGGUUCACUCUCUUGAGGUUUUUGAAUAUUUUAUAAUAAAUAGAAAAUAAAUAUAUAGCUUUGAAUGUGAUAAUCUCAAAUCAAAACUGAAAUGAGCUAAUUAAAAGUAAAGCCUUGUUGAGAAAACAUCUCCAGAUCUAUUGUUUUUAUCUUUGUUAUUUGAAGAUGGGAGGCGGGCGAAGAAAGUCGGGUUUCAGUUUCCCUGCAACACAUUUUCCAAUACAUACACUGGUGAAUUUUCACCUGAAUCGAUGCGAGCUUAUUGUUUUUGGCCCUAGAACAACUGUUCCCCCCUCAGUAUUGGGCUGGCUACCUGCUCGACUCGACUGCAUAGUUGUUGGAGGCUCUGCCGCUAUGACUGUCGACUGCUUUUCGAUAUACAAUUUUUCUAUAUAAAAGCCCGGAUUUUUCGCUAGCUGCUCAUUUCGAGAACGAAACUCUAAUUGCGAGCCGGAUCGUGGAUCGUCGUCGUGAAUCGGGUUGUUUGGAUUUUAGAUGUCGUUGUGAUUGUUUUCUCGUCGCAAUCAAAUCGCUUGAAUAAUAUUCGAAUUAUACAUUAGUAGCCCA